GCCUACCUCUUUUCAUUCACUUCCUUGUUUUUCUUCGAUUUUCUCUUGAGAGAGAGAGAGAGAGAGAGAGAGUGCUUGCGAGAGAGUCGUAGAGAAGGCGAAGAUCGGAUCUUCUCCUUUGCUUCUUCGUCGUUUGAAGCCCCUUUUCUUGGCGUUGGCCCUGAUCGAAGUCCCAUUUUCGGGUUUUGAAGUGUUGGAUUGGACCUUGUUUUGCCUUUUCCCGGGGCUUUUAGGGUUCGAUCCAGCGGCGUUUUGCUUUCAUUCCUAUUUCCUACUGAUUCGUCUCUACUUGAUCUAGGGCCUUUGUGGUUGAUGAAGAUGAGGAAAAAGGUAUUUUGUCCCUAGGGCUCUUUUGGGCCUGCUGGGGUAUGAUCUAAAGGUCUGACCUUUUGCCUUGUAUCCUGUUCAAUUCCUGAUCGUUUUGUGGAGUUAGGCAAUCUUGGGCUAUUCGACUCUUGGAGAGUUCUUUCAUGAGAGAGACUGGAGCCAGAGAUGGAUUCUUGGUUUUGAGAUAGCUUUUUAGUUCCAUUUAUUCUUCGGUUUAUUGGGUUUUUAAGUAAUUACUAUUAGGAGAUGUCUUCAGCCGGCCUUGCAGCGCUCAGCCCCAUCGGGGAAGAUUCACCACUUUCACCAUACAUGUCUGACGGCAUUCGGUCACCACAUUGCUUGCCUGAGUCAAUUCUCAUCUAUCUUACAGUCCCAGGUUCAUCAGUAAUGCCGUUGUCUGUACAGGAAUCUGAUUCCAUUGCAUUAGUUAAGCUCAGAAUCCAGAGUUUCAAGGGAUUUGUGGUAAAGAAGCAGAAGUUGGUCUUUGAUGGCCGAGAGCUUGCUCGGAAUGAUUCCCUCGUCCGGGACUACGGUGUGACUGAUGGGAAGGUACUUCAUCUGGUUAUCCGCCUCUCUGAUCUUUGUUGUCUUACAGUGAAGACUGCAUGUGGGAAAAAAUUCAAGUUUCAUGUGGAGAGGUCCCGCAGCAUUGCUUAUGUUAAGCAGCAGAUAGCAAAAAAGGGUGAGGAUUUUGUCAAUCUUAAUGACCAGAAACUUAUUUGUGAUGGUGAGGAGCUUGAUGACCAGCAACUGAUUGAUGAUGUGUGUAGAAAAAAUGACGCUGUUAUCCACUUGAUUGUUGGCAAAUCAGCAAAGAUCAGGACUAAGCCUUUUGAGAAGGAUUUUGAGCUUUCAAUAGUGGCACCUGAUACAAAGGACGAGUCAAGAGCAGAAAACGUUCAGGUUAUUACCAAAAAACAGGACAGAGAUUCUUGGGUUGAACCAGUAAUUGGAAACCCUAAAGUCAAGUAUUCACAAAUAAUUAAGGAUCUCAUUCAGGAUACUUAUGCUGGAUUGGAGAAGGGCAAUGCACCAAUCAUGUCUUCAGAGGGAUCAGGUGGAGCUUAUUUCAUGCAUGACCUCUCUGGUGAAAGAAUUGUUGCUGUCUUUAAGCCGAUUGAUGAGGAACCAAUGGCUGAGAACAAUCCUCGAGGACUUCCCUUGUCAACUGAUGGUGAAGGGUUGAAGAGGGGGACUCGGGUUGGAGAGGGUGCCCUGAGGGAAGUUGCAGCAUACAUGCUUGACCACCCAAUCGACGGCCGUCACUCAUUUGUAGGUGAUGAAGUAGGGUUUUCUGGUGUCCCCCCAACAGUCAUGGUGCGAUGUUUGCAUGGUGCUUUUAAUCAUCCUGGUGGGUAUGGCUAUAGAGCGAAGAAUUGUAAGAUUGGAUCCUUGCAAAUGUUUGUGGAGAACUCUGGAAGUUGUGAGGAUAUGGGGCCCCGUGCUUUCCCUGUGGAAGAGGUUCAUAAGAUUGCUGUGUUGGAUAUAAGAUUGGCAAAUGCAGAUAGACAUGCUGGCAAUAUUUUAAUCCACAAAGAAGGGGAAGAAGGGCGCAUUGUGCUGGUCCCAAUUGAUCAUGGAUAUUGCUUACCUGAGAAUUUCGAGGAUUGCACCUUCGAAUGGCUUUAUUGGCCCCAAUCCCGUGAACCUUUUAAUUCUGUGACCAUGGACUAUAUAAGAUCACUAGAUGCUGAGGAAGAUAUUGCGCUUCUGAGGUUCUAUGGCUGGGAACUUUCACCUGAAUGCCGUCGCACUCUUCGCAUUUCUACCAUGCUGUUGAAGAAGGGGGUUGAGAGGGGGCUGACUCCAUAUGAAAUUGGAAGCAUCUUAUGCAGGGAAACCCUCAAGAAGGAAUCCAAAAUCGAGGAUAUUAUCCGUGAAGCAAAAGAUGCUGUUCUUCCUGGAACUAGUGAAGCUGCAUUCAUGGACUCCAUCUCCGACAUCAUGGAUCGUUACCUCGAUGAACUCUCCAAGUAGAAUAGCCCAAGCUUCUCUUUCCUUAUGUAAAUGCUGAUGUGCAUAGUAUGCAUGUAAUCAGAUAUAAAUACCUGGAGGUCAUAAUUUGUAAGUAAGCAAGCUGAUCCGCAGCUUUUAUCUCAACUCUGUCAAAAGUUUUUGUGUCUGUGAUUCACAUUUGUCUCACUAACUUUCCAUAAAAUGUUCAAAAAACAAAGGCUAUGACUCCAAAUAAAUUCGAUUCAUUUCUUAGA